AUGCCCCGCUCGACACAUGUGCUGAUUCGUGGCUCAUACACCGUGUCUAGUCUGGGAGCUCGUAAGCAGGGAAUUCUUCAAUCUGGCGGAAACACCAUUGACCUCGCCAUCUCCAUGCUGGAAAUAGAGAAUAUGAACACCCACAGCUACCUUUCUGUCGACGGCAAGACCUAUGACUCUCCCGACUUUGGUGUCCUCAAGCAGGACUGGGUCGUGUCCCGUGUUUGCGCGCCCUCCUUGCGGCUUCCAGAGUUAGACAGAGGCCCAGUGGAACAAUGGAGCUUUGCUCAAGUAAGAUAUCACACGAUGUAA